CAGAGGUCACUUCCAGCACACCACUCUCUCUCUCUCUCUCUCUCUCUCUCUCUCUCUCUUUCUCACCUUCAAAGCCAUGAACACACCAACCUUAUGAUCCUCCCACCACCACAAUGCCCAGAUAACACUCUGUUAAUUACAAUCCCAACCCCAACAAAAUGAGAUAUUUACGAUUCAUUUCCCCACAUCUUUCUCGAAUUCACAAAACCCUCCCCCAGAACCCUAAUCUCCACUCAAGACCCUAUCUUUCUUCCCACUUCGCCGCCACUUACACCACCGCCGCCGCGCCGGAGAAGGUCUCGGCGAUCGCGGACGAGAUCUCGGGGCUCACUCUGCUCGAGGUCUCGGACCUGACGGAGGUGCUGAGAGAGAAACUGGGGAUAAAGGAGAUGCCGGCGAUGAUGAUGAUGAUGCCGGGGAUGGGAAUCGGCGGGCUCCGGGGCGGUGGCAAGGGCGGCGGCGCGGCGGCGGGGAAGGCGGAGGAGAAGAAGGAGAAGACGGCGUUCGACGUGAAGCUUGAUUCUUUUGAUGCGGCGGCGAAGAUUAAAGUGAUUAAGGAGGUGAGGACGUUUACGGCGUUGGGGUUGAAGGAGGCUAAGGACUUGGUGGAGAAGGCCCCUACGCUGUUGAAGAAGGGGGUUACGAAGGAGGAGGCGGAGUCGAUUGUGGCGAAGAUGAAGGAAGUUGGUGCUGUAGUUUCGAUGGAGUGAGACUCACGAGGCGGAGAGACAUAAAGAAGCGCAACGCACUAGCCUCAAGGAUUGUUAAAAUGUAGAGUAGCAAGUGGUGGUUCAUCACACUGGUGACAUAGUCUACUAGAUGAGUAGAUGUUCUGGAGAUCAAAAUUUGUUUCUUGAUGAUGCAAAGCAUUUAUUGAACUGUUUUGCUUGUCUUUCAUUGUACUAGAAUAACACACAGUAUGAGCAAAGUUUUGUUAGCUGUUUCAUACA